CCAGUUCCACUGCCUUACCGAGCGUUUCCAUUGUCUUGUUUUGAUUGCUACGUGUAUGAUUUAUCGCCUGUUUCUCUGGAUUUUGCCUUUUGGAUUACCCUCGUGCUUGUUUGCUGGUUGGACUGAUUUUGACUUCUUUGCCUGUGACCACGACUCUGAUUUCUGCCCCACGUUUUGGAUUGUUGAACAGUUUGCUCAUUAAACUUCUGCAAAUGGAUUCUAACACAGCCUCGGCCUCACCCUCAUUACAGAAUACUUCACCACCAUUGAAUCCAGCGGAAGUCUCCCAGCUUCAAGCGGCUUCCGCUUAUCAAAGCGAAAUGCUCAAGGGUUACCACGAACAGCUCAACAAGCUUCAGUCUGCAAACGAGCAUCUGACCCAUUACAUUCGAUCGCUUCCUUCUCUUACACCACAGACGGUAAGACUUGCUAUGCCUGAAAAAUUUGAUGGUUCAGCUGAGCAAUGCCGGGGCUUUAUUCGUCAAGUGGAGAUAUUUUUUUGCUAACCAGGAAGAACAGUUUUACUCAGAUGAAAAAAAAUGUGCUUUUCUGAUGUCACUGCUUUCUGGUAAAGUGAUCGAUUGGGCUGCAGCAGUCUGGGAGACAGACCCUUUGUUGCGUACCUCCUAUGAUUACUUUGUCAAACAGUUACGAGAUGUGUUUGAAUAUCCUGCUAGGGGCAAGGAUAUGUCUACACAACUGCUUCAUAUGUCUCAAGGCAACCGCACCGCUGCAGAUUAUGCUAUCGAGUUUAGAACGCUUGCUGCUCAAAGUGGCUGGAACAACAUCUCUUUAAAGGCUGUGUUCCGACAAAGCUUGAACAUCGAUCUACAGACUGAACUGGCUUGCAAGGGUGAGAACUGUUCAUUUACUGAAUAUAUAACUCUUGCUAUUAAGAUUGAUAACCUCAUGAGGAAUGCUCCCAAGAGGAAAAUCACAGGCCAGCGCUCCCACCACACACCAGCUCUGCCAUGUUCCUCUACCCACGUCAAUGCCUAGCCAGGAGCCCAUGCAACUGGAACUUAUUGUAGUUGUGAACAGAACCGGUGGGCAGAAUUCCUUCCAUGGGCUGAGUGAACCCUCAUCUGUACCUGCAGUCGAUGACUGGAUCAGAUGCAGUGAGAGGGUGUGGGACAGUGCCCAUGUCCGUCUACAGAGAGCCGUCAGAACACAAGAGUUCCAGGCCAACAGACAACGUCGCCCACACCCUCCCUACCAACCAGGACAACGGGUCUGGCUUUCUACGAGGGAACUCAAGCUGCGGCUACCGAGCAGGAAGCUCAGCCCCAGGUAUGUUGGCCCAUUUAAAAUAAUCAAACAGAUUAAUGAGGUCACGUACCAGCUUGAGCUUCCUACUAAUUACCGGAUUUGUCCCUCCUUCCAUGUCUCGCUCCUCAAACCGGUCCACCCGGAUGCUGACCCCAAUGCUGAGAACCAAGAGCCACCGCCACCGCUGGAUAUAGAUGGAUCACCAGCAUACAAGGUGAACGAAUUGCUGGACUCAAGACGUCGAGGGGGUCAGCUCUAAUAUCUGGUGGACUGGGAGGGCUAUGGACCUGAGGAAAGAUCAUGGGUAGCCGCCCCUGACAUCCUGGAUCCAUCACUUAUCGAAGAGUUUCAUCGAGCCAGACCCGAUCGUCCAGCACCACGACCACGAGGA